CGGGAGCCCCGCCUUGGGGGCGUGGCCGCGCGCUGGUCGGCUGGGGCGGGGCCUGCUUCUGGUCCCACCUCGCCCCGCCCCAGGCGAGGGCGCCGCACCCACAAGGCGCUGCGCAGUUUUGUUCAGCACCAGCCGUUCGAAGGUGAUCCAGACUCAAGAUGGCUGUCCUCUCUAAGGAAUAUGGUUUUGUGCUUCUAACUGGUGCUGCCAGCUUUAUAAUGGUGGCCCACCUAGCCAUCAAUGUUUCCAAGGCCCGCAAGAAGUACAAAGUGGAGUAUCCUACCAUGUACAGCACGGACCCUGAAAAUGGGCACAUCUUCAACUGCAUUCAGCGAGCCCACCAGAACACGUUGGAAGUGUAUCCUCCCUUCUUAUUUUUUCUAGCUGUUGGAGGUGUUUACCACCCGCGUAUAGCUUCUGGCCUGGGCUUGGCCUGGAUUGUUGGACGAGUUCUUUAUGCUUAUGGCUAUUACACGGGAGAACCCAGCAAACGUAGUCGAGGAGCCCUGGGGUCCAUCGCCCUCCUGGGCUUGGUGGGCACAACUGUGUGCUCUGCUUUCCAGCAUCUUGGUUGGGUUAAAAGUGGCUUGGGCAGUGGAUCCAAAUGCUGCCAUUAAAGAAUUAUAGGGGUUUAAAAACUCUCAUUCAUUUUAAAUGAUUUACCUUUAUUUCCAGUUACAUUUUUUUUCUAAAUAUAAUAAAAACUUACCUGGCAUCAGCCUCAUACCUAAAA